CACCGAGAGAUUCCAGUGUUGUCAGUGACCCACAGAGGAAGUAGGUUCGACAGGAGCCUCUGCCAGUCGCUCAGGUCACGUCGUCGCCCGCUGUGUAGUCGUUCCGUGUUUUUUACUGAUCCUUAGUCGUCAAGAUGCGCGUGGCGUGGUUGCUCGUGGCGACCCUGGCGGCGGCAGCGGCAGGAGGGAGCGACGCGCAGCUCGCCGUGGGUGCCAAGGGCCUGGGAGUGCCACCCAUCAACCUGGUGUCCGUCUUCAAGUUCAUCCGCGAUAUCUUCAUGUUCUAUAUGUACCCUCCUGAGACGGCUGUGGCGGGGGCGCAGAAGAGAGAGGACGAGGCGGUGGAGGAACUGCAAAGCGCUGACGUCACAGAACGCGUGGCUGUGAUUGGCUUCGACGCUGAAGAGAACAUCGUGGAGAAGUUCGACUCCUGGUGCGCCGAGGACGAGGACGGCGAGUGCCUGGAGCGCCAGGACCCGAGCGGCACCGCCUCCUCCGCCGCCUUCGUCGCCGGCGAGGGCGAGGUGGAGGACAAGGACGCCACGACGCAGGUGGUGCUGGGCAAGUGGCCGCUCAUCUACGUGAUCCUCAUCGUCAUGCUCUUCUGGAUCAUCCUGGUCAUCGCCACGCCCUACGUGCUCACGGGCGAGACCUACGGCCGCAGGGAGGACGACUUCAGUCCCAACUCCGUCGUCGACCAGCAGGACGUUCUGCUUCUGCUGUCGUGGCUCUUAGGGGAGGCGAGCGACGACCCCUCUUGCCUGGAGAGGGUCGUCUGCCUCACGCCGUCCAAGUCGUCUAGGUACAUCUACGUGUCGUCCAUGAUCUUCAAGGUGCUCAACUUCUUCCAGAGAUGGCUUCCGUACAGCCGCCGAGUCGAGGACCUGCUGCUCCGGCUGGACGACGUCGCUCGUGACGGCUUCUCACAGGACUGCCAACAGUACUACUGCCCGACUGUCCCCGAGCUGUGAGGACCCCUCAGCCGCUUCCCCCCCCCCCCUACCUGAUGAGCUACCUGAGAGACCUGCCGGGGACCUGCUGGCGUGGAUGCGAGACGAUGCGUGCAGACGACCUUACGUUACGCUCGCUUUGCACACACGGAAAAAAAAUAUAGACAUGAAAAAGAUUUUUUAAUGCACUCAAGGAAUGGAGGAGCACAUACUCUAUAGUUCAAGGCCUAAGUGAUUGGUAUUUAGACCUUGAUAGACCUAUGGUUCUGCGCAGACACUUUGAUCUAUGUGAAACUCACAGGGACCCAGCAGGGUGUCAGCGAUUAGCUUCACUCUUUUGAGUUUUAGACAAAACAGAGAAGGGGAGAACAAGAAAACACGGGUAUAUCGAUUCGUGCAUUUUCCUGUUGUUCCUGGGUCAUUUUGUUAUAGUUUUGUUAUGUUAUGUUCAGCAUAUAUCGUUCACUAAAGAGUAUAUAUUUUAUGUGGCUCUAGGAGAAAAAAACGGAAGGUAUGUCAACAUCUGCCUCAAUUAUCUUUUGUUCUUUGCAAAUCUUAGUUCUUUUCUGCAAAUUGUUUCCGGGCGAGUUUGUCAUAUAUGCUAAUUGGAAUCGAUUUUGACUCUAAAAAUGAGAGAUGCAAAUAUCUAAAAGUUUAAGAAACAUGUUUAAGCACACGAGAGAUAUAAAUUUUUUUUUCGAGCCUAACAAGUAUCACUAUUUAUCUAUGAAAUUCCUUGCUAGACGAUACACAACCUACGUGGUGGAUCUUAUACCGGUAAACUGAAACAAACAAACAAAAGAUGCUUAGACAUUUGUACCGUCCAGUUGAGGGGAUUCACAUAUUCAGUUCACAGUAUUAACUUUGUGCCAACCUACUGGGGUUAAAGAGGGCAUUGGUAUAGUCUUUGCUGUUGUUACAUGUUUGGUGGAAAUAUUUAUUUUGCAUGUAUUUAUAGAUAUGUACAUUAUUUUUAUGUUACCUCACUCUUUCUGUACCAUAUUUGUUCAAUAAUUUAUACACACAGAAUGAAAGAUAUUAAACCUAUGUUACGAAAAAA